ACAAACCAAUCACUAGACGACUUCCGGCCUCCCGAUUUAUAUUGAGGACGACAAUUGGUUGAACAUCCCGUCCAUCACCUGCGUAAUGACUAAUGAGUCAUGUGACAGAGUGUUUUUUUGUUGUUUGUUGCUUCCUUCUUCCUGGUUUCCGUGAUCAUGUGAAUACUUCAGCUAACUAGGUUCACUCAGUCGUCCCGGCCAUACACACUACCCCGGUUUGGGCACUCGACACCCCGCUACAGCCUGCGCUGGUUCCCAAUAGCUACGCUAUGUCGGAUGGAGAGCGUAGCCCYUUGCUUUCGGACCAGCACGACGGGACGAACGGUGCUUCGUAUGGCUUUCCCCAGAGGCCACAGAGUUUCCCUCCAUUCCUCAGCCCCAGUGCCCCCCUCCAGUCCUGUUGGGGAAGACCCCCUCCCUACUCUCCCCUGGGCAGCCCAGACAUUGGCAGCUCCCCCCUCAUCAGUUGUAGGGUGUGUCAGAGUGCCAUCAACGUGGAGGGAAAGACUCACCAACACGUAGUCAAGUGCAUCAUCUGCAAUGAGGCUACGGUGAGCAGAAUGCAGACACAGUUCUAUCUACUUACAACACACACACACACACAACACACACACACACACACAACACACACACCACACACAGACACCCAACACACCCACACACACACACACCACACACUGGUGCGUGCUGCCGGGUCGGGUUCGGACAGUCCAGAACCUCAACAACUCGCUGGGGUCAGAGUUGUCUGUGGACACUGCAGAAACACAUUCCUGUGGACUGAUUUCUCAGACAGAACGUUAGCCAGAUGCCCCCACUGCAGAAAAGUCUCUUCUGUUGGCCGGCGGUACCCCAGGAGGCGGGGCUUGUGGUGUUUCCUGUUGUUUUUGGUUUUCUCUGGCGGCACGGCAGGACUAGUGGUGGGAACGUGUAAACCAGCCUUGCUCCACAGAGGGAUUUAUGCCUCUUGGGUCUUCCUGAUUCUCCUGACUGUACUGAGCAUGUGCAGAAUGAUCUACUGGGGCUGUCUGAAGAUCAGCGAACCCGUACAGAACAUCACAUAGAGCAGUGGAUCUCAAACUGAGGGGUCGACAGGGGGCGGCACGGGGUCCUGCUUUAAACUAAACUCUUGAAAAUUAUAAUAGUAGAAUGCACAAGGUACAGUUUCUAAAUUGGGUAGUACAUUAUCAGGUCCUCUUGUCAUGUCAUCAUCGUAGACCUUAGAGAGAUAUGUGUAACGUGUCAGAAAUGUCCAGAUCAACUAGCCCAUGUCAGCUAACGUUUUCUUUAUUAKGMUUUUUUUUAGGCCAUAGAUAUUGUUGUAAUUUUUUUAGUCACUCAAAUAUCACAUGAAUAGACAUUAGAAAAAUUGCAGAAUGUAUAGAAUUGCAGCAACAAAAAAAUGCUUUAAAACUGCAACAUUUUCUUUGCACCACAUGACAAAAUGUGUAGAAUUUCAGGAACUAUACUUUAAACCUGCAAAAUMUUCUCCACCAACCAGAGGGAUGUGAAKAGUUUGUGUCAUGAACAGUGCUUGUACCCAUAUAAAUAUACGUGGGGGGGGGGGUUCCUCAAUGCUUGGAGAGGGACCCCGAGUUAAAACAGAGAACCCCUGACAUGGAGGGGAACAGAGAGAGCUACUGAGGGAGAUAUGGUAUAGGAAGGAGCGUGAGAACAAACAUAUUAACAGGACCAAUUCAAACUAGAUUAAACUGUCAAAACCUAUCUCUGUCUGGAAUAACUAACCGGUCUUAGGGACUGUGUCCCAAAUAGUACACUAUUCACUAUGCAGUGCACUCAACGUUUGACCAGGGCCCUAUUCCCUAUAUAGUGCACUACUUUAGACCAGAGGCCUAUAGAACCCUAUUCCCUAUAUAUAGUGCACUACUUCUGACCCGAGACUCAUAGGCUCUGUAGUGCGCUAUAUAAACCUGUGGUCAAAAGCAGUGCACUAUAUAGGAAAUAUGGGGCUGAGCCUUUGACUGGCUGGACUAAUGGUCCCCUACUGGACUGGCUGGACCUAUAGUCCCCUACUGGACUGACUGGACUAAUGGUCCCCUACUGGACUGGCUGGACUAAUAGUCCCCUACUGGACUGG